AUGGAUCUUGAAACUGAAAACCGAAUAGCUUCGAUUCUGUUAAGAGAAGCAGCAGAAUUGAGGAGACAAGCUGAGAAAGAAGGAGUCCGAGCUUAUCUUGAGAACCCUAAUGUAAGACAUCGACCUAACUCAAGGUUUCUUACAGCUACUGUUCUUGGUGUUCAACAAGCAAACAAAGCUGUAGAUAUCAAUGAGAUGUGGAGUCUUCGGAGUAAAGAGAUUGAGUCUGAUGAGAGGCUCAAACGAAAAUCAAGAGAAGAGAGCAGCAGUGGUCAAAGUGAGAGGAGUUUUGUUAAGAGAUGCACUUCCGUUGAUGAGAAUGUCACUCAUUCUUCAUCAUCAUCAAGCCAGAGCAGAAACAAAAGAUGGCGACCAGAAGAUGAAGAACAAGGCUUAGGAGAUGUCGAUAUUGACACUUUUCUCCAAUCAAGGGUCAAGCGCGGCAGAGGCUCUGUUGGUCCUAGGAUGGAUGAAUCAUUCCCUUGUCUUCCUGUGUCGGAACGGUCGAGAACUUCUGAUACAGGAGAUCGGAAGUUUCCGAUUCAGCCAGAGAGAUCGCCUCUAUUAAGACAUGAGACUGGUUCUUCUUCUUCCGAGGAGGACGAGGAACUAGAUCUUCUUCUUAAUUUGGACAAAAGCAUUUGCCUUUACACCUGGCAGUGA